GCUCGGGCGCGCGUCAGUCCGGCGCGAGCGGCCGAGCGAGCGCCAUGUCUGCGUGCGCGCCGCGCGCCUGUUGCAGGCCGCGCGCCCCGGCGACGCUCCUCGACAUCACCGCUAAAAUAGUGGCCGCGGCGAUCCCGUUCCAACGCAUCGAGGAACGCUACGAGCGCAUCCCGGAGCCCGUGCAACGUCGUGUAGUGUAUUGGUCGUUUCCUAGGGACGAGCGGGACAUUUGUAUGUACUCGUCCCUGGCGCGAGCGCCCCCGGACGACCACCGCAACAUCGCCUUCUGCCGCGGGCUGAAGCUGCUGGAAGCCGGUUGUGUGGAGAGUGUGCUACAAGUCGGUUUCCACUUGAGCGGCGUGGUGCGAGCCCCGGCGGCGGUCCCGCCAUGUUCGGAGCCCGAACGACUAUACAGGGUCACUGUCUCCUUCGACCGGUGCAAGAUCACCGGCGUGACAUGCAGCUGCGAGGCGCGGGACAUCUUCUGGUGCCAACAUGUUGUGGCGCUGGCGCUGUACCGCAUCAGGAACGCAGACUCCGUCCGACUGCGAGUGCCCAUAUCAGAAACCCUCCUCCAAAUGGACAGGCAGCAGCUUCAAAAGUUCGUCCAGUACCUAAUCGCCGAGCACCACACGGAGGUGCUGCCGACGGCACAGCGGUUAGCUGACGAGGUCCUUCAGGCCCGGUCGGCUAUUAACAGGAUCUGUGGUGCUCCAGACCCUACGGCUGGACCGCCGCCGGAUGCCCAUCAUGCCUGGCAUUUGGAUGAGCAACAGGUGUGCGAGCAAGUAAGGGCGUACUUACUACAAGGGACGUAUUACAAUGCAAAUAAGCAACUGAAUUCAUUAUUUUCUAAGGUACGAGAAAUGCUCCGAGCCCAAGACUCCAACGGCCCUCGGAUGCUAAUGCUCAUGACUGAGCAGUUCCUCUCCGACCCUCGCCUCCUCCUCUGGAGGAACCAGAACACCCCCAUGACAGAAAAGUGCCGACAACUUUGGGAGCAGCUAGGAGCGCUCUGGGUCAGCAUAGUACUGGACCCGGGCAGCAACAAGCACCACAGGAUACAGUGGAGGCAUCUGUUGGAGAAAUGGAGCGCGGUGGAGGUGUGCCCUACUGAGGAUCCGGAUUACAGAUCGUUUCCACUGUACGCGAGAGAAAGGGAAAGAAACGAGAGAGAUCGUGACAGAGACCACAGAGACAGGGACAGAGAAAGACAUCGCGACAGGGAAGAAAGGGACAGGGAGAGGUUACGAGAGCGCGAGGAGAGGGACAGAGAAAGACAUAGAGAGAGACAAAGGAGAGAAAUGCAUUCCCAUUCGGAGAGUUCCGAUGAAGAACCUAGACCUAAUAAUUAUGAACGAGAAUACAGGAGAGCAAGCAAGAGAUUAAGACUUAACAACCAAAGGCCGGCGCCAUCGCUCACGCCUCGAACAGUUUUCCACAAAGCGCUGGACGCAGUAGACAUAUCCUGGGAGAAUGAGCAUCUAAAGAACAUCCUCGGUAGCGAUGAGUACGCGGAUUGCGAGAAGGGCAAGCCGGGAGGAUCCACCACCAAGCAGCCUUACCCUAAGUUCAACGACCUCGGACAACCUUUGUGGCACGAGCACUUACCCGUGGUGGGAGCGCGGAUAGAAGCGCUUCGGGCACACGGGCGUGCGCCGGCGGCGCUGCGGUUAGCUGUCAGCGCUGCGAGAGCCAUGCGGCAUCGACAGGAGGUCGCCCAGCAGCGAUGGCAGGAGGUGGGCGCCGGCGAGGCGUCCUCUAGCGGCGGCGCCACGCCCUCGUGCCCCGGGCCGGACGCGUGCCCCGGCACGUGCGGGGAGCGCGUCAAGCUGUCGCAGGUGUGCGCGCACAUGGACCCCGGCGCGUGUCUGCCGGGCGGCCCGACGUGCGCGCUGUCGCACAACCACCGGUGUAUAGGGAGAGACAGCUUAUGCUGGACGGGCUGGACGCUGGAGGCGAUCUGGUGCGUGUACGAGUGCCUCGCGGACGCGUGCCUCGCGCCCGACGACCAGCGCGCCUCGCCUCGCCUCCACACGUACUUGGACGAGGAGCCGAAUACCGGUCUGCCUCCUAGAUACCAGCACGUACCGGUAGCAGGCAGUAAGAAUCCCGAGGAAACGUACUUGGCACUCGCUCUAGAAGCAGCCCUUCUAGGGCUGGGCUUACAGCGGAUGUUACCGAGCGGUCUCUACGCGCAGGAACGGUACUGCAAACAGGAGGAGCGACUAAUAGGGCAGCUGCAGCGCGUGGAAGGCGAGGCGGCGGCGGCGGUGGGCGCGCGCGUGGCGGGGGCGCUGCUGGCGGGCGGCCCGUCCUCGUGCCUCGGCGCGCGCGUGCACCCGCGCUCCGCGCCCGCGCACACCUUCGCGCGCUUCCUGUUCCUGGCGCUGCUGCCCGCCGAGCCGGAGCUGGCGUAUAGAGUGGGCCUGAGGGCCAUGAGAUUACCAAUGGUAGAAGAGGCGUACGCGUUGGACAGCGCCGGCGGGACCGGCGCGGCGGGCGGCGGUGCUGGUGCGUGGCACACGUUACAGCACGCCGAACAGCAGCAAGCGGCUCUCGCCAGCGCGCUCUUAGGCGCAGCAAGAGGCAACCCAGGCCGUCUCCGGGCCGCGCUCGCCGCCGCACAACGCCACGUGCGCUCAGCCGCACAACUGUUCCGACUAGCGCAGGACGCGCUGCGACACGCCGCGCCGCCCGACGCGCCGCACCACCACCGCGACCUGCUGCACGCCGCCUUCGAGCUGGGACUGCAGGUGCUACGUAUGACAUUAUCGUCGGUGAACUGGCGGAGACGAGAGAUGGUCCGCUGGCUGGUCACGUGCGCCACGGAACUCGGGCUCGACGCGCUACUCUCUAUCAUGCAGAACUGGUACGAGCUAUUCACGCCAACGGAGGCGACGGGGCCGGUGGCGGCAGCUGCCAUGUCCCACGCCACGGCGCUCCGUUUAGGGCUCAGCUUCGAGCAGCAGGAAAAGCUUAGCGCCUGCGCAAGGACGCUAGCCUUACAGUGCGCCGCCAAGGACCCCCCGGGCUGCGCGCUGAGCGCGCUCUCCGUGUGCGAGGGCUCGGCGGGCGCGUUCGAGGCGGCGUGCGCGGCCGUGGGCGGCGCGGCGGCGCGCGGCGCACUCGCCUCCAGCCAGCUAUUUGCCGUGGCUAGGUACAUGGAGCAGCGCGGCCAGCCCGCCCGGGCCAUGCGGCUGGCCACGCUGGCCAUGAGGAAUCUUCACCUCCAUUAUAAUCAGGACAGUCAUCCAGCAAUAGCAGACAUCCACUGGGCCGUAGCGUUAGCACAUUCGCUGGGUCGUGCAGAGCUGCAAGCCAUGUUGCCUCUACUCGUCAAGAACGUCCAAUGCGCUCCAGUAUUGUCGGACGUGCUGCGUCGGUGCUGCGUGGCGGCGGCGGGCUGCUCGCGCGCGCGGCCGCCGCCGCCGCGGCCGCCGACUCCGCUGCGGCCGCUGCUGGAGGCCGCGCUGCGCGCCUACGCCUCCACCACGCACGCCAGGCUCGCGCACAUCUCCCCCCGACAUUAUGCCGACUUCGUCGAGUUCCUAGGUAAAGCUAGAGACACAUUCGCGCUCGCACACGACGGCCCGCAUCAGUUCGCGGCUCUGUUACAGGAAAUCAAACUCAAGUACAAGGGCAAGAAGAAAUUAAUGUUCCUCGUCAAAGAGCGCUUCGGCUGAACGUUGACGCCAUAUACAUAAUGGUUAUUUUUGUAUGAUCACCAC